CUCUAUAACAAGACCAACCACUCGUCUCUAUGGCACUUCUAGGAACAAUCUAUGAGGGAGAGUCACUUGUGAACAACAAUAGAUAGGCCUAAUACCAAUAUCAAAAUUGAAAUUAAAAGGCCAGAUGACAUGGAGAAUCAACUGCUAGACAGCAAGGCAAGGAAGCGUAUUAGAGAAGCAAAGAAAAAGGCCAGACCAGAGCUAGAAGGUGGCCUAUGGACGUACUUGAAUUAUGCGAAGACAUUUGAUCUUGGUCUAAGCAGUGUUAAUGACACUGUUGAACGAAUCGAUACAAAUUCGAUGACAAUCGAGGAAUUUCGUGACAAAUAUGAGAAGACCUACAAACCUGUUGUCAUUUCUAAUGCUACGAGUGACUGGAGAGCCAACAGAAAAUGGACACUAGAGAAGUUGGCCAAGAAAUAUAGAAAUCAGCGCUUCAAGUGCGGAGAGGAUAAUGAAGGAUACAGUGUCAAAAUGAAGAUGAAGUAUUAUCUUGAGUAUAUGAUGACGACCACAGACGAUAGCCCACUUUACAUAUUUGAUUCCAGCUUUGGUGAGCAUCCAAAGAAGAAGCGCUUACUGGAGGACUACGAUGUGCCAAAGUUUUUCCGUGAGGACCUAUUCCAGUUCUGUGGUGAGCGGCGAAGGCCUCCGUAUCGUUGGUUUGUGAUGGGGCCUGGCCGCUCAGGCACUGGCCUCCAUAUCGACCCCCUCGGCACCAGCGCCUGGAAUUCCCUUCUUGUCGGCCACAAGAGCUUGAGAUUCUACAAGGUCCGGGCGAGACGGUGUUUGUUCCCGGUGGAUGGUGGCACGUGGUUGUCAACAUGGACAACACGAUUGCCGUCACGCAGAACUACGCCAGCUCCGCAAACUUCCCUAUCGUCUGGCACAAGACUGUUCGCGGUCGCCCCAAGCUCUCGAAAAAGUGGUACCGAAUACUGCAGGAAAAGAGACCUGACCUGGCAGAGGUAGCGGCAUCUAUUGACCCCCAGCAAGAGACUGGAUUCGGCUCAGACAGCUCGUCCGGGUCAUCAUCGUCGUCUUCGUCGUCAUGUGGCAGUUGCUCUGGUUCCGAUGAGGGCGACAGUGGCCAAGAGUCACUCCCAGAGCACAAGAAGAAAAGAUACUUCACUGAGGCACCGGAGAGCCACAGUCGUUCACGGCUCGUCCACAACCUAAACAGCCCGAAGUCGGAACACAAAGGUUGA